AUGCCCACGUGCACGUGCACGCCCAAACUGUCAGACAGGACGCGCAAGAGUGCGCCGAGCAGCCGUCAAAGGGGCUUUUCUGCAGGCUCACAGAGCCUCAUGAAAUAUGCAAAAUAUGAAGCAAACUCCAGGGCUCUCUGUGGCGUUCAGGGAAGCUCGGGGCUUUGGACCUUCAUGCGUCUCCCAGCGGCAGAGGGCACCCACUCCUUCUCCUCCUCUUCCUUCUCCUCCUCCUCCUCCUCCUCCUCCUCCGUCUGGACCAUGAGCGGCGAGCAGGACUUUGGGGACGGCGCCAUGGGCGUCACGCUCACGCUGCGCCUGCUCAUGCACGGGAAGGCGGAGGCGGGCGUGCAGGCCGUGCACCAGGGCCGGCGGGAGCUUCUGGAGGAGGCCUGCAGCUCCUACACCCGCAAGCGGCGCGUCCUGAUCCCGGAGGACCUGAAGCACGUGGUGGUGGACGACCAGCACGGGCUGCUGUACUGCUACGUGCCCAAGGUGGCCUGCACCAACUGGAAGCGCGUGCUGAUGGUUUUGACGGGCGCGGCCGGGGCCCGGACCUCCCCCCUGGACAUCCCCGCCCACGAGGCCCACGUCCCCGGGACCCUUCGGACUCUGUCCGAGUACUCGGCCCCGCAGAUCAACCGGCGGCUGCGCUCCUACCUGAAGUUCGUGUUCGUGCGGGAGCCCUUCGAGCGGCUGGUGUCGGCCUACCGGAACAAGUUCACGCGGAGCUACAACACGGCCUUCCACCGGCGGUACGGAACCAAGAUCGUGCGCCGGCACCGGCCGGACCCGCGGCCCGAGGCCCUGGAAACGGGCGGAGACGUGUCCUUCGAGGAGUUCGUGUACUACCUGGUGGACCCGGCGACCCGGCGCGAGGAGCCCUUCAACGAGCACUGGGAGCGCGUGCACUCGCUGUGCCACCCCUGCCUCAUCCACUACGACGUGGUGGGCAAGUACGAGACUCUGGAGCAGGACUCCCGAUACGUGCUGCAGCUGGCCGGGGUGGAGGGCCAGGUGGGCUUCCCCGCCUCCCCCCAGAGCGCCCGCACCACCGGGGACAUGGCCGCCCAAAAACUGGAGAUCAGAGACACUAUUAAGUCCUCAGUGUUGCCCGAGGGGGGGUAG